AUGCAUUUCGCAUACUUCAGGCGAAUUAACUAAACAUUAAGAUAGAGCUAGAACUGUAAAAUAUUAUAUAUAUAUAUAAAUAUAUAUAUAUAUAUAUAUAUAUAUAUAUUAUAUAUAUAUAUAUAUAUAUUUUAAUACUAUAUUUAUACAAAAAGGUUUUUAUAAUAAUAUAGUGGCAGGUAUUCUUUAAGGAGUAGGUAUAUAGAUAUUGAAUAUGGUUUAUACUAUAAUAGCUUUUUUUUUGUAAAAUAAGAAAAUCAUAAAUAUGAGGAAUAGUACGAAAGAUCUCUUAUAUAUAAAUUAGUUGUAUUUAAAUUUGUUAACAGCUAUUUUUCUUUAUUUUAUGUAUCAUUUAUUGAAAUUAAUAACACAUUUUCAGAUAUAUUUUAUAUGUUAUUGCCUAUAAUGUUAAUAAAAUAAGUAAUUAUAUAUAUAUAUAUAUAUAUAUAUAUAUAUAUAUUUAUUUAUCAUUAUAUAUAUAUUUUAUUUAUAAAGAUAAAUUAUAUGAUUUUAUCAUUUUGGUUUCCUAAAUAUAUUCUUAAAUAUAGAGAAAGAAAAUAUUUUAGAAAUAUGUAAGAAGAAACUAUUAAAUAAUAAUAAAUGCUCACAAAUUAAAUUUUUUAAUAAGAUUCUAUAGAGUAAUACUGGGAAAGACAUACAGGAAAAAAAAUGAAGACAUAUUCAAGAACUAUAUUAUAUUUAUAAAAAGAUGAAGAUUAGAAAAAUAAUAAUCCGCCUCUAUUAAUUGUUAAUAAAAUAGAUGCUGAUUCAGUUGAAUUAAAUUCUAUUAGAAGUGAUUUUUUUGGAACUAUAAAUUAAUAUGCAGAUAGUUUUAUUGAUCUAGGUUAUAUUACAUUAUUCGCAGCAGCAUUCCCUAUAGGACCUAUGAUAGCUUUAUUAAUGAAUACUUUAGAAAUUAGGAAUAAAAUUAUUGUUUUUUUAGAUAUAAUUAAAAGACCUUCCUGCGAAAGAUGUGUAGGAAUAAAUGAUUGGAUUUAUAUAUGGGAAGCUUUAUUUUUUUUAUCAAUAUUUUCUAAUAUAGGUUUAUUAUAUUUAAAAGAUAAAUAAUUAAUAGAUAUUGUAUUCAAAAAUACUGAAUUAGAUACUAUAUAAUUAUAAUAAUAUAAAUCAUGGUGUUACUUUGGUGCUGGAGGAAUUAUUUUUGUAUUAAAAAUGACUUUUUAAUAUUUAAUAAAGGAUAAGCCUUAGUGGAUUCUUUCAGAGGAAAAAAAAUUAAAUUAUAUUAUAUCUGAAAAAAAAAAAAAUGAUGCUAGUAUAUAAAAUUAAGAAUAUUAAGAUAUUUUAAAUGAUAUAGAAAAAGUAAAAAUUAAUAUAUAAAAAAUACAUGAGAGAUAAAUCUAGAAAGAAAAAAAAGUAUAAAUAGAAGAACAUUAAUUAAAAUAAAAAAUUAAAUACUACAAAAAAUAUAGCAAAUUUAAUCUCAUGCCUUUUGAAAAAGACAUUUCUGUUUAAUAAUAUGAUUCUUCUUCUUAAAUAUAAAAUUAAUAUAUAAAUAAAUAAAAUUUAAAACCGGAUUAUUAUCUUUAACUAAUAUAAAUUUUAAAAAAAUCUUAUGUAAGUAUAGAAAGGCAGCUUUUAAUAAAUAAAUUAUAAUAAAUUUUAUAAUUUUCUAUAAUUCCCUUAGUUUAAUGUUCUGAUUGUAAUAAAAUAUUGGCAAAUUUUUAUUGUUUAAAAUGCUAGUUGAGCUUUUGCUAAAAUUGUUUUGAUAUUUUCCAUUAAGGAAUUAAAGGAAAUUAACAUAAAAUUUAUAUUUAUUAACAAGAAGGAGAAAAUCAAAUUAAAGAUAUAGUAAAACCUAAUAAUAAUGCCAUAUUAUUAAUAAAUGAAUGGAAAAAAAUGGAAGACUUUAGUAUUCCUACAUUUGAAAAAAGUUUAUAUUUUAAAAAUUUAACGCAGAUAUAUUAUCUUUUCUAUGAAGAAUACAUAAAAAAUAACGGAAUAAACAUUUAAAGCUAAUAGAUUAAUUUAAAAAAAAUUCUUAAUAUACAAAAUAGUGAUGAAAAUCCUAUAAUCAUGACAUUUGAAAUGAAUAGAUCUUUCUAUAAUACAAUACAUUAUAGUUAAUUAGAUUUAGAAGAUAAAAUUUUUUUAAAUAGAAUAGCAUUUUUAUCUUUUAAACGUUUUGGAAAUAAUUGCAGUUUUAAUGAUUUUCUAACUUUAUGUAAAUUUAUGCAAGUAAAUAUAUAUAAAAAAAAUAAUAUAUAUAAAUAUAUAUAUAUAUAUUAAAAGGAUGGUUAUUAAUAAUAAAAAAUUUUACUUUUUAUGGAUUUUUUAGAUGAAGAUGAAGAAAUGUCAAUAUAUAAAUAUUAAAUAAAUAAAAUAUUUUAUUAAAGUGCAUUUUAGAAUAUAUUUUAAAAAGAUUAACUCGAAAAAUAUAUUGAAUAAAUUUUAUAAGGUUAAUAAAAAAUCAGUAAAUAAUAAUUAGCAAAAUUACUAAUAGAUAGAGAUAAAUAAAAUAAAUAAAUUAUAUAAUUAAUUCUUAAAUUGUUUUAAGGAAAAACAAUAAAAUGA